UAUGUAUUUGUAUGUUCACAGCACUUUUGGGCAGGGAGAUUUUUAAAGUUUAAGGGGGAAUAUCCCCCUUGAGCUCAUUUUCGUCUCCGUGUAAUUUUUAAAAACAGUUUAUUUAUAUUGGUUACACUGUAAUUUUAAUCUUGUGCUCAAUUUUUUUUGUUUAACACAAAGUUUUUUCAAACUUUAAAAUUAAUAAUCUAAUCUAGUUCAGUUUAGUUAGUGUUAAACCAUCAUUCGAUCAAGACCUAUUGCUUAUUAAAAAGUUCUUUAUUUUUACAAAAAAUGAAUUUUCAAAAUUUUAGCAACAAUUUUUGUUCACUAGUUUCUUUAGUACGAAAUAAUGCAUAUCCUAAAUACCCAGAAUAUACAACAUUUUCUUCAAGAUUGAAAACAUUCAACUUAUUCCCGUUAACUUCAUCUCAAGAUAAAUACUCAUUAGCUGAAAGCGGUUUUAAAUAUACAGGGAAAAAAGAUAUUGUCGAAUGUUUUUGCUGUGGACUCAUCUUACAUAAUUGGGAAAAAGAUGAUAUUCCAUGGAUUGAACACACAAGAUGGAAUCCAAAGUGUAUAUACGUAUUAUUAUCAAAAGGAAAUCAGUUUGUUGAAAAUAUAAUAAAUAAGUACGGAAAGAUUAACGAUGUAUGUCAAUGUGAUUGUGAAUUUAAGACAUAUGAUACUGUAAUUUAAUAUUUUUUUCUAUUAAUAUAUUUUUUUUUUCUGUUUUUAUAAGAAACAAUUUAAAUAUGUUAAUAUUUAUCUUAAUAUUUCGUGAACGUAUAGUCUAGUGGGAUAACGCGUCUAGUUUAAAUUAAAUUUGUUAAGAUUAAUUUUCAGGUUCAAUGGUAUACGUAAGUAGAUAAAUAACCCUCGACACGCUAUCCAACUAAACUAUACGUUCACAUUUUUUUCCGUUUUUUUCUUUUUUAACCUCUUCAGUUUUAGUAUAUAACAUGUGUGAGCAAAAAAAUACUGUUAGUUUAAGUUAUACUGUCAUAGUGUU